UCUCUCUCUCUCUCUCUCUCUCUCUCUCUCUCUCUCUCUCUCUCCCCCCCCCCCCUCCUUGACUGUCCAGAGAGAGCAAUCCAGUGGAGAAAAUAGUCUCUUGUGAUCUCCAAGACACACCCUCGCUGCCUCAGACACACACAAACAAACAUUAACAUUAGACACAAAACAUCUGCAGCAGCAGCAGAGCUCCUCCUUCAAGCUUCCUCUAGCCCUUGUUGCCAUGUGUCCGGUUGAAGGGGAGGAGGAGAGAUAAGUGGUGUGUUGCAAUUGCAAAGCCUAGGAUCUAAGAGAGAAAGAGAGAGUGUGGUCAAAGGCUGGUCCAUACAGAGCCCAUACAUACAACUAAUGGGGGAGGAAAACAAAAGAAUACAGUAGUCUAGAAGCAGUAUAUAUAUCAGUAACCAGUAAAAAUCCUGGAGCCAGUAACAAGCAGGCAGCUCAAAAAGUAACCCUGCUGCCUUUUGUAAGAACAGCCUCACUGUUCAUCCUUCUUGCACUAUAGCCACUGAAGAAGAACAGAAGCGUCAGCAGCUGCAGCAGCAGCAGCGGCAAGAAGCAUCUUCUCUCUGGAGAGGCGCCGCCGAGACGAGGAGGGAUCCGGAGGAGGCAUGGAUCUUUCUGGCACGCAGGGCGAGCUCGCGAUCCCAAUGCACGCCAGCGUCGUCUCGCCCUACGGUGGCGGUGGGAGCGCUGGCGGCCAUGUCCUGCCGCAGCUGCACCACGAGCACCACCAUGGGCAUGGCAGCAACAAUGGCCAGUCCCCGGCGGCGCCGCCUCCCCCGCCGCCCGCCGCUGCGGCAGAGGAGAUGGAGAGCUCCGCGAAGAAGCGCGGCGCCGGCAUUGGCGGCGCCGCGGUGAGGUACCGCGAGUGCCUGAAGAACCACGCGGCGGCCAUCGGCGGCAACGCCACCGACGGGUGUGGCGAGUUCAUGCCGAGCGGCGAGGAGGGCUCGCUGGAGGCGCUCAAGUGCUCCGCCUGCGGCUGCCACCGCAACUUCCACCGCAAGGAGGCCGACGACGACGACGACGACAUGUACGCCGUGGGCGACGGCUUCGGCCGCGGCCACGGCCCCCGCGCCGCCCACCGCCUCCUCGCCCCCGCCCUGCCGCACCACAGCAAGGGCGGGGGCGGGCUCCUGGUCUCCGCCGCCGACCCCUACGGCGCCUUCGCCGCGGCGCGCGCUCUCCCCCCGGCGGCACUUCCGCCGUCGGGGCACGGGCACCACCACCCCCACCACCAGUACGUGAUGCCGCUGAGCAUGAUGCACACCACCGGCUCGGAGUCCGACGACAUGGACGGCGGCGUGGCGGGCGCCGGCGGCGUCGGCGGCAGCGGCGGUGGGGGCUCGUCGUCGUCCAAGAAGCGGUUCCGCACCAAGUUCACCCCGGAGCAGAAGGCCCGCAUGCUGGAGUUCGCGGAGCGCGUGGGGUGGCGCCUCCUGAAGCUGGACGACGCCAUGGUGCAGGCCUUCUGCCAGGAGAUCGGCGUCAAGCGCCGCGUGCUCAAGGUGUGGAUGCACAACAACAAGCACAACCUCGCCACCAAGCGCCUCGAGGUGGAGGCCUCGCCGCAGGAGCAGCCGGCGGCGGCGGUGGCGUCCCCGCCGGCGCCGGCGCCGCUGAUGCCUCUGCAGAUGAUGCCCGCCGCAAUGAUGCCGCAGGCCGCCGGGCCCUCCUGCCACCGCGGCGGCCCCGGGUCCCCGCCGCCGCCCAAGCUCGAGUGACCGGCUGACAAAGAAGCUAAGUGAGGUGAUCGCCAUGCUGCACGCCGUUCUGUCCAUGGUGAUCCUUCCUUCCAUUCUUGAUCCGUUCUGGUAGCUAGCAAACCGACCGAGCUCAUCGAUCGAUCGCCAUUUCACUGUACCAUUAAUCCGCCACCAAAUCAAGUGAUUUACCCGCCGUCCAAGCAGAGAGAGGAGUGAACUGAAACAAGAGAUUUAGAGAGAGAACAUGUCGAGGUUAUUAUCGUCUUUUUUUCCUUUCUUUUUCCGGUGUUUGUUGCUUUGUCAUAAGGUAGGGGAGCAACCAAGAAUGCAUCAUAGUAGGUGAUUUUAUUUUCAACUGCAACUGGACUCAAUUUCCUCUGAUUUUUUCCCCUGAAGAAAACCAAAUAUCCUAGACUAUUAUCCUCUGACUUCAAUCCUAGCUAGAAGCAAAUGUGUUUUCUUUUUUUUUUGUAAGCAAUCCUGGCAAAUGUUUGAUGAGCAGAAGAAUUGAGCUGUCGUUAUGGACAGCUUCCUUUUCA